AUGGUGUUUCCUCACUGUUUAGCAUCUCUAUGUCUCUCCUCUCUUCUUCUAACUCUUGUUCUUUUUGCAUCUGACAUUACUUGUUCAUCAAAUAAUGUCACCAAAAUCGGCAAUGGCUAUAGUCUUAUCUCCAUUCAAGAGACCUCUGAUGGUGCCCUUGUUGGACUCCUUCAAAUUAACAAGAAAACCAAAAUCUAUGGUCCUGAUAUUCCCCUUCUUAGGUUCUAUGCUAAGCAUGAAACAGAUAACCGUUUAAGGGUACACAUAACAGAUGCAAACAAGCAAAGAUGGGAAGUACCCUACAACCUAAUACCAAGGGAACAACCACCGUCAUUGACACAAACAAUAGGAAAGUUCAAGAAGGUUGACCCUAUUGAAGUCUCAGAGUAUUCAGGUUCUGAGCUUCUAUUCAGCUACAUUUCAAACCCAUUUAGUUUUUCAGUCAAAAGAAAAUCAAACGGCGAAACCCUUUUCAAUUCCACAUCCACUUUUUCAGACCCUUUUAGUUCACUUGUUUUCAAAGACCAGUAUCUUGAGAUUUCAACAAAGUUACCAAAAGAUGCAUCUUUAUAUGGUUUGGGAGAGAACACACAGCCACAUGGGAUUAAGUUGUAUCCAAGUGAUCCUUACACUUUGUAUACAACUGAUAUAUCAGCUAUUAAUCUUAAUGCUGAUUUGUAUGGAUCACAUCCUAUGUAUAUGGAUCUGAGAAAUAAUGGUGGUCAAGCUUCUGCACAUGCUGUUCUUUUGUUGAAUAGUAAUGGAAUGGAUGUUUUUUAUAGAGGAAAUUCUCUUACUUACAAGGUUAUUGGUGGUGUCUUUGAUUUUUACUUCUUUUCUGGUCCUACUCCUUUGAAUGUUGUUGAUCAGUAUACUUCUUUGAUUGGAAGACCUGCUCCUAUGCCUUACUGGGCUUUUGGAUUCCACCAAUGCAGAUGGGGAUAUCACAAUCUAUCAGUUGUGGAAGAUGUUGUGGAUAGUUACAAGAAGGCUCAAAUCCCACUUGAUGUGAUUUGGAAUGACGAUGACCACAUGGACGGACACAAAGACUUCACACUCAAUCCAAACAACUAUCCUCGUCCUAAGCUUCUAAACUUCUUAAACAAGAUUCACAGCAUCGGCAUGAAGUACAUUGUCAUUAUUGACCCUGGAAUUGGUGUUAACUCCAGUUACGGUGUAUAUCAAAGAGGUUUGGCUAACGAUGUUUUCAUCAAGUACGAAGGUGAACCUUUCUUGGCUCAAGUUUGGCCUGGAGCGGUAAACUUUCCUGAUUUUCUCAAUCCGAAGACAGUAUCUUGGUGGGGUGACGAGAUCCGCCGCUUCCAUGAACUCGUACCUGUUGAUGGCCUAUGGAUUGACAUGAACGAAGCCUCGAAUUUCUGUUCUGGUAAAUGCACAAUUCCAAAGGGAAAGAUAUGUCCAAGUGGAACAGGACCGGGAUGGAUCUGUUGCUUGGAUUGCAAGAACAUCACCAAAACAAGAUGGGACGAUCCUCCUUACAAAAUCAACGCUUCAGGAAUACAAGCUCCAAUAGGAUACAAAACAAUAGCCACUAGUGCAACCCACUAUAACGGCGUCUUGGAGUAUGAUGCUCAUAGUAUCUAUGGUUUCUCACAAUCUGUCGCAACACACAAGGGUCUUCUUGCAAUCGAAGGUAAAAGGCCUUUUAUUUUGUCGCGAUCCACUUACGUCGGUUCGGGGAAAUAUGCUGCACAUUGGACAGGUGACAACCAAGGAACAUGGGAGAAUUUGAGGUAUUCAAUAUCCACAAUGUUGAAUUUUGGUAUCUUCGGUGUUCCAAUGGUUGGUUCAGACAUUUGUGGAUUCUAUCCACAACCAACUGAAGAACUAUGCAACCGAUGGAUCGAAGUAGGUGCUUUCUACCCUUUUUCAAGAGAUCAUGCAAACUACUACUCCCCUAGACAGGAGCUUUACCAAUGGGAUUCAGUAGCUCAAUCAGCUAGAAACGCUUUAGGUAUAAGAUACAAGAUUCUCCCAUAUCUUUACACUUUAAACUAUGAAGCUCAUGUCAGUGGAUCACCAAUUGCAAGACCACUUUUCUUCACUUUCCCAACAUACACCGAAUGUUACGGCCUCAGCACUCAGUUUUUGCUCGGAAGCAGUCUCAUGAUAUCGCCAGUGCUUGAGCAAGGAAAAACACAAGUGAAAGCGUUGUUUCCUCCCGGUAGUUGGUACAGUUUACUUGAUUGGACUCACACCAUAACAUCCAAAGACGGAACUUAUGUUACACUCGACGCACCUCUUCAUGUAGUAAAUGUCCAUUUAUAUCAGAACACCAUUCUUCCAAUGCAGCAAGGUGGCUUGAUCUCCAAGGAAGCUAGAACAACGCCAUUCACACUCAUUGUAACAUUCCCGGGUGGCGCAACAGAAGGAGAAGCUAAAGGUACGCUUUUCAUCGAUGACGACGAACGUCCAGAAAUAAAGCUUGGAAAUGGAUAUUCUAGUUUUAUCAAUCUAUACGCGAGUGUGAAACAAGGAGGUGUGAAAGUGUGGUCAGAAGUUCAAGAGGGUAAGUUUGCUUUGGACAAAGGCUUGAUCAUUGAUUCAAUAUCUGUGUUGGGAUUGGAUGGAAAUGUUGGAGCAGUGGCAUCACUUGAGUUAGACGGAAAACCUUUGAUUGGUAAGUCGGGGUUGGAUGUUACUACUUCUGAACAUGUGGAUUUGAAUGGUGAAGGAAAUGGAGAAAGUAAGACUGUGAUGGUUGCAUUGAGAGGUUUGAGCAUCCCUGUUGGUAAGAACUUUGCUAUGACAUGGAAAAUGGGAUGA